ACUGCGUUUAGUUGGCAUCGUCUGCUUUCCAACCAGCUUGCGUUCAGAUUUCAGAUUCAGCAGCGGCUCGAGCCGUGUUUUGUGUUCUUUGUGUUCUAAUGUGCAAUUUUUUAGAAAGUCAUGGAGAUUUUUCCAAUUUUCAAAAAACUAGUACCAUUUGUUUUUGCGGCUGAACCCGAAAAUAAGAGCCAUGAAGGUGUCUCUUCACAGGAUCAGAGAUCAACGGAAAAAAGUUUCAUGCAGCAGGAUGAGGUUACCGAUCAGCCGCAAGCUGUAAAGGGGAAAAAACCAAAUAUUUCUGAAAAGCCAGAAGUUUAUUCAGAUAUCAUUGUUGAAAAUAGUCCCUCAUCUCAAUAUUAUUUGGAGAGAGGGAAUGUCCGCUACAAACCAUCUUGGUCUAGGAUGCUUAUGAUGGUUGAUGGUAGAGAAAACAUUACCAGGUUUUCUUGUGAGAAAACUCUUUACAGUCUUAUUAAGAGUGAGCCUUUAAUAAAACUGUUGGUUGGAGCAUUAAAUUCUUCUGGCUGCCCUGUUGACAUCCGUAGAAAUUUUUCUUGUGAAGUCUGUUGCGAUGGAGUUUUAGGGGGGUAUGACGCUGAGACGCAGCAAGUUGUAAUCUGUCAGAAUAAUGUUGCCAGUAGUGGUAAAAUGGCUACAAUUUUGACUCACGAAUUGAUUCACAUGUUUGAUCACUGCGUAAAUAAUACUGAUUUUAAAAAACCAGAACAUUUAGCAUGCACAGAGAUUCGUGCCAUAAAUCUUACAAGUUGUAGUCUCAUUGACUCAUUUAUCUCUGGCUUUGUGAGCUUUACGGAUUUGAUUAAAAAGGACUAUGGUAAAAUGCAUGCUCUGUGUGUAAAGGAAAGAGCAAUGCAGUCUGUAAUAGCUGCUUCAUUACUGUCUGAAGAUGAAGCAAUAAGGGUUAUAGAAAAAGUAUUUCCAUUUUGCUAUGAAGAUUUAGAACCAAUUGGUAGAAGGUUAAGACACAAGACCACAGAUGGUGACAGAGCGUACUAUGACGGUCAACAUUAUGGGUAUGUGUAAAUGCUUAUUGUGAUGGCAGAUAUGGUUUUGAACCAACAUUGUAUUUUCAAAUUAGUCUUAAUUUGUACAAUCAAUGUACAGUUAAUUGUAUCCAAUUUAGAAUGAAUGAAAAAAGGAAUCAAUGACUUGUAAAA